AUGGUGAUUAGCAGCAGUAGUAGUUAGUGUUUAUUUCUAUUUUGAAUUCAUUUGUGCAGAGCUGAGGAUACUGCUGGUGGCUGUCCAUCGCCCCCUGGCGGGCGUUUCACAGAAACCCCUUUACACCCUCCUCUGGCUCACAGGACGAGUUGUCAUGGCAACUGUACAGCAUGUGCUUACAAAAACAAGAGCUUGACCGUUCACCGACACUUCUCUCGACACUCGACGUCCACGACGCCAUCUUCUUCUUGUAGAAAUUUAUCGGCGAGGAAGACAGAAGACACCGGGGAAGAGGCAGAGGGUGAAUCCGGGAGAGAGUCAACGAUGAGCGGAGCCAAAGCCCGCAGCGACGCGCCUGUUGCUGAAAAUGUCUCCGGCGGCGGGCACAGCACUGCGGCUCCUCCGCGGGACCGUAAGCCUGGCGGAGGGGUUCUGAAGAGGCUCAAGUCCCGGAGGAGCCAGGUGGACAGCAGGCCCGUCACGGAGGAAGACCUGCGGACACAGAGUGGGCACAUCACACCGGAGGAUGUGCUCGGACUGCGGGUGGCUACGCGAGGGUACCUCUGUAAACCUGAGGACAAUAUUUACAACAUCGACUUUGUACGCUUUAAGAUCAGAGACCUGGAGACCAGCACUGUCCUGUUUGAGAUAGCCAAACCCCCACACACAGAGGACGAUGAAGAGAACCGUGAGGGAGACGCCAGCGCAGGCCGAUUUGUACGCUACCAGUUCACCCCAGCCUUCCUGAGACUGAGGACCGUGGGAGCUACGGUGGAAUUCACUGUUGGAAACCGGCCUCUGAACAACUUCCGCAUGAUCGAGAGGCACUAUUUCCGCGAUCACCUGCUGAAGAGCUUUGACUUUGACUUUGGCUUCUGUAUCCCAAACAGCCGAAACACUUGUGAGCACAUCUAUGAGUUCCCACAGCUGUCUGAGAGCCUGGUCCGUCAGAUGGUGGAGUGUCCUUAUGAGACCCGGUCAGACAGCUUCUAUUUCGUCGAGAACAGACUGGUCAUGCACAACAAGGCAGACUAUGCUUAUAACGGAGGACAGUGAUGUCUGCCUGCUCGCAUGCAAACACUCACACACACACACACACACAAACAUGUGCAUGCACACACGUACUCACAUUUAUAGAUAUACAGACAAGCAUGCACAUGGCUGAACAGACAUACAGUUCAUUCACACAUACAUGUGCACAAGUAGCUACAGACAAUUGCCUCUUAUGUUUGUAAAGAUGAAUUGUCGUUCUCUGACGUCAUUUUCUGGGGGUGUAUUAGAUAUUGCAGUCUCUGCUCUGAUGUCCAAACAAAAAGAGGCGAAUAUAUUUGUUAUUAUUAAUUAUGGACAAAUCUGUUUUGAGGACUCUUGAGUCCAUGUGACACGGGUCUCAAACAGACCAAAUGUUUUUUUAAAUGAUGCUUAGUCUCCUCUUAGCAAUUUUAAAAGUGUCCUGACACCCCUUCAACACACGCAUGCACACACACUCAAUCCCCAAGUGACACACAUAGUGUUUACGCAGUGUUUGUCAGAAGCAGCUGUUCUCGGAGCUACCGCCUCCACAAUCCACUCCAGACAAUAUCGAGGGAGAAAGAGAGAAACCAUCCACAAAAACACUCCUGUCAAACACACAUGGUCACUCCUGCGAUCCCCUCCCCAAUCUCCCACUCCUGUCUCACACUUACACGCACACA